AUGUUGCAUGUGGCCAUACAACGCUUGGCUUCAGCUGACGCUGCUAAGGCGGCGGCGGCAGCGGCAGCGGCGCUCCCGUCAACAUCGUCCGCCGCCGCACCCGCAACGACGUUCGACAGCGCCAGCGCCGAGCAGUUGUGGAACAGUAAUAUAUUCAAUGAUGACGGCAGUGGCGAGGAGUUGUACGAAGCGUCUGGCUUUGCGGUGUUGUGGAGCACCGACAGCAACAACAACAAUGUCACAUUUAAUACCACAGAAUUUGUAAUGGCUUCCGCAAAUGGUAUACUUCUGCGUACGAUCACUUCGUUGCAAGACGUCACGACGGUGGCGACAGACUUCGUUGACCAUAACUUUGAUCCGUAUGAAACGCACGAGGACAACUAUUGGGGUUUGCUGGCGCUGGUUUUGGUCUUCGCCACUGCCGCCGGCAAUAUUCUCGUCUGUUUGGCGAUCUAUUUGGAGCGGCGCUUGCAGAACGUGACCAACUAUUUUCUCAUGUCGCUGGCGAUCACUGAUCUUAUGGUGGCGGUGCUGGUGAUGCCGCUCGGCAUAUUGACGCUGGUGAAGGGUUAUUUUCCGCUCAGCUCGUUGUGGUGUCUCGCUUGGAUUUGUCUGGACGUGCUCUUCUGCACGGCGAGUAUAAUGCAUCUCUGCACCAUUUCCGUGGAUCGGUUCUUUUCGCUGGCGUUUCCCAUGCGUUUUGGUCGGAAUAAGACAAGUCGGCGUGUUUUUUUGAAAAUCGGUCUGGUAUGGUUCCUAUCGGUAGCAACGAGUUUGCCGUUAUGCUUAAUGUACUCGCAGAAUCACGCUUCGGUGUUAAUUAACGGUACUUGUCAGAUACCGGAUCCUAUUUACAAAUUAGUUGGAUCGAUAAUUUGCUUUUACAUUCCACUCUUCGUUAUGCUACUCACAUAUUGUUUGACCAUACGCCUCUUGGCGAAGAAAAGUCAUAACCUUGGCGGCAUGUGUCAACCGCAACCGCCCGGCUGGGCGAGCACUUGGCUUGGACAAAGCAGCGCGUUCGAACGCCGUCGCACAUGGCGACGUUUCCUCAGACCGAGCUCGACCGCAGUGACACAAUCGGCGCAAUCGGCCAACUCCACCGACACCGAGUUGUCCACGCUGGACACACACGAACUGUGGCUAGCCGAAUCAAACACUACGGAGCCGACAGCGACCACCAUGACGGCGCUGCAGCAAUUCGGUGCCGAAAUGUUGAAGCUGUCGCGUGGCCUGGAAUCAGUGGCUUCCUCUUCAACUACCUGCUCGCCAACCAAAUCCGAAUUUUCAUCAACAAAUCACUUCACCAGCUGUAGUCCGCAGCACUACUCGGCCAACAAGCAGUCCAAUCAACAGCAGCAGCAUGUGAGUGGGGAGCAUUUACAAAUACCCACAGCGGCGCUUGCGGCCGGCACGGCGAAUAGUACGCUGCUGCUGCGCGGCACAAGUUUGCGUCGGAGCGCGCGCAGAGGACGUAAAAGAUCGCUUUCGCCGUCUUGCAAACCGCAACAAAUGACUUCUAAAAAUCGGCGCCGCUAUUCCACAGCCACGCAGGGGGCACGCGAAGUGCGCGCCGAUACGCCACCACCACAGCGACGCAAUCGUUUCAACAGUUUGCCGAAAAAUGCGCUGCUCUUCCUUUCUCGCCAAUCCAGUCAAGCGACAAGCAGCACAGACGUCAAUGGCACACCCGCGAAAGGACAUUCCGACACGGAGUUGGAGCAAAACGGCAAAGCGCAAUGUCAGCGCAGCAACGAUAAACAAGCAGAGCUGCCACCUAUCUGCACAUGUCGUUACUUUGGCGAUCGACCGCUGCAGAAUUGUGUCAAACCGACCGAGGUGAAAAUUAUACCCACCACAUUCAAGGUGACCAAUGUAAUGGAAAUUGAAAAUUUACUAAAUCCACCGGAAGAAGAAUUGACUAGCAUAUUGGUUACUAGCAAUAGCAGUGGUAACGGCAACGCUGUUACACAUCUGAGUCCCAACACAGCGGAACGCAUGAACAACAAACACAGUGCUAGUUCACUAACUGUACACUCCAGUGAUGGCAGCACGCCGAGUAGUUACUUGAGUGUCGCAGCUCAGCCGGGUACACCGUGCCCCGGCCGGCGUAAACUCAGUAUUUCGAAAACUGCAUCGGUUAUCACYUGGGAUGCGAGUCGUCAUCGCAGACGCGGUUCUAGCUUCGGCAGUGCACGCACAACGCUGCUGGUGACACCAACCAAAACCGGCACGGUACUCACGAGCUCCUCCUCAGCAACACCGCUACGCCGUUCCGCCACGCUACGCAGUCACAACAACAUGAAUUAUCUACAAGCGGGCCGAUUGCGUACAAAAUCCAGCACACCACAUUCUUCACCAUGCCUACUGCAACGCAACCAAACCGUACGCUCACAUCAUUCACGUAACUCUAGCGUGAUUUCACGCAACUCCUCAAGACACGGCCGUAUUAUUAAACUCGAACAGAAGGCGACCAAAGUGCUGGGUGUGGUAUUCUUCACGUGCUUCACGUUCGUCAUACUUUGGUCACCAUUCUUUGUGCUCAAUUUGCUGCCGACAAUAUGCGGUGAUUGUGAGAAUCGUAUAGCGCACUGGGUCUUCGAUGUAGUCACCUGGCUGGGCUAUGCCUCGUCCAUGGUGAAUCCCAUCUUCUACACCACCUUCAACGAGGUGUUUCGUAAGGCCUUCAAGAAGGUGCUCACUUGCCAAUACUCGACUACGACCAAUUGGAAUCCGAGCAUGUAG